AGGAACAGGACCAGAACCAGAACCAGGAACAGGACCAGAUACUUUCAUCCCUCUCCCAGCAGCAGCAGCAGAGAAUCUGGGUCAGAACCUGGGACUGAUCAAGCUCGUGCCCUGCAGACAUGGUUGGGCUCCUGGUGCUGAUGGUGAGCACGGUGAUCSUGCUCCUGGCACGCUCUCGUGACGUGGACUCACGUGUCCAUCUGAUCCUGAGGGAGGACCGGGCACAGGAGCCCAGCACCAACCCCACAGUGAGACUCUUUCAGUGCAGCAGUGACCRCCAGUGCAGGGAGGGGACCUACUGUCGUGUUCCCGCUACAAGCCCCGCCCACUCCCGCUGCCAGGCCUGCCGCCGCAGGAACAGACGCUGCCGCAGGGACGGGAUGUGCUGCCCCGGCACCCGCUGCAGCAUCAAUGUUUGUGUUCCAGAUGUGGACCAGGACCUGAGUCCUCCGGCUACAAGAGGACAGAGGAAACGAGGGACCCAGAAGAAAACUUCCAGUAAAGGCCAGGUCGGGGACCCCUGUCUGAGGUCCGCAGACUGUUCUGACUCGUUGUGUUGCGCUCGUCACUUCUGGACUCGGAUCUGUAAGCCGGUGCUGACGGAGGGACAGGUCUGCACCAACCAACGCAGGAAAGGCCACCAGGGCCUGGAGCUGUUCCAGCGCUGCUCCUGUGGGACCGGACUCAGCUGCCGGACCCUGCGAGACCCUGACAACCAGCCUCCAUCGCUGCUGUCGGCCUCCCAACACGCCUCCCCCAGAACCACGUCCCUAUCUGUCAGAAAGUCAAAGACCAGACUUCAAGUGUGUCAGGAGGUCUGAUCUGGACCUGGAACCCUGUCUCAGCCCGGAGGCUCCUCCUGGUCUCUAUGAUCUGGAUGUUAAUUGGCUUCAGGUCCGGGUGUGAAACUCCCGGAUCCAGUUUUCUCCCGGGUCUUUAAAGACACAGAAACCACUUUGAAAUCCAGUUGGACUUCUUUUGAACCCAGCAGGAGAAGCUGAUGUUUAAAAAUCAGCUUCUGGUGUUUAUUAGCUGAAGUGUUUAGCAUUAGCAUUAGCAUUAAUUUCAACUUGACAUAAAAAACUGAAGUUUUUUUGACCCACAUCAGACAUCAGUCAAAAAUAAAACUGUAUUAUAUUUAUUUAUUUUCAACUGAUGUUUUGCUUUGCUAACUUUGUACAACUUGCUCCGUGAUGACAUCAUACUGUUUACAUCUGAGCCGCCAUAGUGGAGGAUGACCUCCGCGUUAGCUAACCCUGACCUCCGCGUUAGCUAACCCUGACCUCUGUGUUAGCUAACUCUAACCCCAACAUUUCACAUUAUUUAUUUUAAACUUAAUUAUUUCAGACAGAAUCUAGAAAAUGUUGUACUUUGUUUAAACUUUUGAAAUAAAUUAUUUAUUCUGAAA